AUGAGUGUAAAGUUUCCUUUCACGAGUAGUGCGCCGCCUUCCCAGACUGAAGGAUCGUACUCCCCUACUACCCAUCUCUUCGAUUACGCGCAGGCAGGAGAACGCGCGGAGAAUAUUUUUAAACACGCGGAGAACUGGCUGCACGACGGCGACCUGAAGGUGACCGUUUCCAAGCACCUCGUGUCGCCGCAGUCCUCCGCCGAUGAUGAUUUUUCUCGCGAUUCGUCCAACUUGAAGCCCGAACGGCAGGAAGAGCGGGCUGAGGCUCGUAAAUCCGCGAAGCACGUCAUCUCUCAGCAGAGCGUCGACGAUCCAACGGCUGGCGGCGACUGGAGCGAGUUCGACAAAUCGCCUGCCAUUUUCAACUUCCAAGAGCGCCCUGUGCGCGACGCGGGAUGGCUGUUGGUCCUGGCUGUGUCGCUCGUCGUUCUCGUGGCCGCGACCUCCUUCGUCUUCGAACCUUCCAUCCGCGAUGCGCUCGUUGUCCUCCUCUUCUAUCCGUUGGUGUUUCUCCUCCUCUUCGCCAUCAGCCUUCCCCUCCCCCUGUUGCUCGUGUUUUACCUCCGCAAAAUCUCCGCGCGCACCCUGAAGACUCUCAUGGUAGUCGCUGCCGUGAUUUUCGUUUUCCAAAGCGUCAGCUCCGCCAUGAGCAUCCUCACGCCGCGACACGCGGAGGAAGGAACCGAGACAUACGGGCUGCAGGAGUAUGUGCCGUAUUUCGUGGGAUACACUGGCUUUAACGCACCAGGCAGCGACGGGGCGGACUUUGAGACAAAAGGGGGGAUGAUGGGGUUAGGCAUGGACGGGGCCAUGAAUGGAGGCAUGAAAGGAGGCUUGGAAGGAGGCUUGGAAGGAGGCUUGGAAGGAGGCUUGGAAGGAGGCUUGGAAGGAGGCUUGGAAGGAGACAUGGAAGGAGGCGUGGAAGGAGGCGUGGAAGGAGGCGUGGAAGGGGGAAGUAUGGAGGAGGCAGCAGCCUCGGAGGCUGACAGCAGCAGCAGCGUGUCCAACGGCAGCAGCAGCACUGCCGCCUCGAGUGACCUCGGCAGGCGCCUCUUCGAGCUUGUGCUGCCCGCCAUGGCACACCCCGUGGUAACCUUUACUGCACGUCACGCUGCCCACUGGGUGCGGGCUGCCCACUAUGCGGCAGAGAGAAAUGCGCGCGGGCGGCUCUUGCAAAGCAACGACGGGCUUUUCUCGCUGCUGCCCCUCGGAAGCUACAUCAACAUCUUCCAGUUCGUGUUCUCAGCGCUUCUCGGUGCUGCCGCACUGCUCCUUGUUGCACGCUACAGCCAGCACCUGCCGCUCGCUGCCGCUACCAUCGCACACGCCUCCCAUGCAGCCAUCGCCAGGGCCCCUAUCAUACUCUUUAUGCCGUUCCUCCUUAUGUUUGUACCUUCGUUCAUGACCCUGCCUUUGAUGUUUCCCGUUCACUUUGAUUCCAAUGUCGUCCUCCUGGCCCUGCUGCUACUCUCGUUCCUCUUCCUCGCCCAAGUGCUCUCAGCUAUCCUCACCUACUAUACAGCCACUGUCUACACACGCCUGUACGUCACGAGCAGCAGCGACGGUGGGCAGACGGGUGGAGGGGAAGAGCGCAUGACAGUAAGAGACCAGCUGCGCCUUUCCUGCUCGGCACUCAGCCUCGCAUGCACCUCAUCCCUUGGCACCUGCUGUGCUGUUGCUUUCACCGCAUGCAUUGUCAGCCUUGUCGAGAUGAGCCUUUCCGCCCUCUUCCUGUCGCGCUUUGGCCCAGGCAUCAUAGGCUGCCUACUUGUGGUGCCGCUUCAGUGCACGAAUCUUGCCAUCCGCCUUUUCCUUAACUGCCUCCUGCUCCCUACCAGUGCAAUGAGCGGCCAUGGCUUCACCCGCUCACUGCGCCUCUCGUUAGACAUCCUGCAACGCUACACGUUGCCCAUUGUGACAUCCAAUGCUGCUGCUUUCGCCCUCCAUUCCAUCCUCAUGGGUGCAAUGGCCUUCAUAGGUGUAAUUAUCGCGGUAUUUGUGGUAAGUAAGCUGCGCUGCAUGCUCCUGCUGCGUGAGUGUUCUCAUGAUGAUUAA